CCUCAGUCAUGGCCUCGGGCGACACCCUCUACAUCGCCACGGACGGCUCGGAGAUGCCGGCCGAGAUCGUGGAGCUGCACGAGAUCGAGGUGGAGACCAUCCCGGUGGAGACCAUCGAGACCACGGUGGUGGGCGAGGAGGAGGAGGAGGAUGACGACGACGAGGACGGCGGCGGCGGCGACCACGGCGGCGGGGGCGGCCACGGGCACGCGGGCGGCCACCACCACCACCACCACCACCAUCACCACCCGCCCAUGAUCGCGCUGCAGCCGCUCGUCACCGACGACCCGACCCAGGUGCACCACCACCAGGAGGUGAUCCUGGUGCAGACGCGCGAGGAGGUGGUGGGCGGCGACGACUCGGACGGGCUGCGCGCCGAGGACGGCUUCGAGGACCAGAUCCUCAUCCCGGUGCCCGCGCCUGCCGGCGGCGACGACGACUACAUUGAGCAGACGCUGGUCACCGUGGCGGCGGCGGGCAAGAGCGGCGGCGGCGGCUCGUCGUCGUCGGGCGGCGGCCGCGUCAAGAAGGGCGGCGGCAAGAAGAGCGGCAAGAAGGGCUACCUCGGCGGCGGGGCCGGGGCGGCGGGCGGCGCGGACGCGGGCAACAAGAAGUGGGAGCAGAAGCAGGUGCAGAUCAAGACCCUGGAGGGCGAGUUCUCGGUCACCAUGUGGUCCUCAGAUGAAAAAAAAGAUAUUGACCAUGAGACGGUGGUUGAAGAACAGAUCAUUGGAGAGAACUCACCUCCCGAUUAUUCAGAGUAUAUGACAGGAAAGAAACUUCCUCCUGGAGGGAUACCUGGCAUUGAUCUCUCAGAUCCCAAACAACUAGCAGAAUUUGCUAGAAUGAAGCCAAGAAAAAUUAAAGAAGAUGAUGCUCCAAGAACAAUAGCUUGCCCUCAUAAAGGCUGCACAAAGAUGUUCAGGGAUAACUCUGCCAUGAGAAAACAUCUGCACACCCACGGCCCCAGAGUCCACGUCUGUGCAGAGUGUGGCAAAGCUUUUGUUGAGAGCUCAAAACUAAAACGACACCAACUGGUUCAUACUGGAGAGAAGCCCUUUCAGUGCACGUUCGAAGGCUGCGGGAAACGCUUUUCACUGGACUUCAAUUUGCGCACACAUGUGCGAAUCCAUACCGGAGACAGGCCCUAUGUGUGCCCCUUCGACGGUUGUAAUAAGAAGUUUGCUCAGUCGACUAACCUGAAAUCUCACAUCUUAACACAUGCUAAGGCCAAAAACAACCAGUGAGAAGAAGAGAGAGAAGACCCUUCUCAGCCUCGGGAAGCAUCUUCCAGGAGUGUGAUUGGGAAUAAAUAUGCCUCUCCUUUGUAUAUUGUUUCUAGAAAAGAAUUUUAAAAAUGAAUCCUACAUACCCAAGGGACAUGUUUUGAUAAAGUAGUAAAAAUUAAAAAAAAAACUUUAAUAAGAUGACAUUGCUAAGAUGCUCUAUCUUGCUCUGUAAUCUCGUUUCAAAAACACGGUGUUUUUGUAAAGUGUGGUCCCAACAGGAGGACAAUUCAUGAACUUCGCAUCAAAAGACAAUUCUUUAUACAACAGUGCUAAAAAUGGGACUUCUUUUCACACUCUUAUAAAUAUGGAGCUCACCUGUUGCUUACAAUUUUUUAAUUUUGUAUUUUCCAAGUGUGCAUAUUGUACACUUUUUGGGGAUAUGCUUAGUAAUGCUAUGUGUGAUUUUUCUGGAGGUUGAUAACUUUGCUUGCAGUAGAUUUUCUUUAAAAGAAUGGGCAGUUACAUGCAUACUUCAAAAGUAUUUUCCUGUAAAAAAAAAAGUUAUAUAGGUUUUGUUUGCUAUCUUAAUUUUGGUUGUAUUCUUUGAUGUUAACACAUUUUGUAUAAUUGUAUCGUAUAGCUGUAUUGAAUCAUGUAGUAUCAAAAUAUUAGAUGUGAUUUAAUAGUGUUAAUCAAUUUAAACCCAUUUUAGUCACUUUUUUUUUUCCGAAAAAUACUGCCAGAUGCUGAUGUUCAGUGUAAUUUCUUUGCCUGUUCAGUUACAGAAAGUGGUGCUCAGUCGUAGAAUGUAUUGUACCUUUUAACACCUGAUGUGUACAUGCCGUGUAACAGAAAGGGCAACAAUAAAAUAGCAAUCCUACAGAAAGAAUAUGGCAGAAAAAGAUCUGUAAGCACAGUCUUAUUUCCUUUUGUUGUCCAGAAUAAUUAUAAUUCUUGAGCCUCCCAGAAAUUGGAAGUUAAAUAAAGCAACUCAAGUUUCCUUUAUUUUGCACUCAAUUCCAGUGACUUGUGAUUAAAGCGAUGCAUGGCUAUUUUAAUACUUCCCAUGUGUACUGAAUUCUGAGAGAGUAGGUAACAGGCAUCCCGAGUUAAGGAACUACCUCAGAGUACCCCACGCCAGGCCCGUUGGUAAUAGGAUUUUGAUUUUAGCUCCCCCAGCAAACGUGUGACCGAAGCAGUUUGUGCUACCCUGGCCUGUGUGUGUUCUCAAGGUAAGGUGUGACCUGGCAGGGGACACGAGCAGAGGGGAGACCAGGCAUUUCCAUUGCUCAGGCCGCCUUCAGGGCAACUCCCGCAGGUCCUGGCUUGUCUAACAGGAAACGCUUAUGGUUAUUGGCUAUUUGGUUUGAGAGCCUUGGUUCCUCCAUCUAGUGGAAUCUUGCAGCGCUAGCACAUUGUAGCAGUUGAGCGCCAGUAGCUUACUUUUGUGCUUCUAAACAAAUGGAUACUGAGUGCAGAUUGGCAAGGUGAUUCGGUUAUUAAGAAAACUGUACUCAAUGAGUACUUUACCUCUCACAUUGUGACCUCUUAAAUGUACGAUUAUAAUUUUUGGAUUUUACUUAGAGUCAAAUAUCAAACUCAUGAGACUGUUUUAUAAACUGCCAUGAUACAGCAAAAUCCCAUUUAUUCAAAAUGCAAACAUACUGUGUGUCUUUGUGCUGUAUGCUUGACUCUGCAAAGUAAUUGACGGACUAGCUAAUACCAGAGAUUCAGGUACAAGACGUCCAGGACAUCAUCAGGUCAAAAACAGAGCCCUGUCUCUUACAGCUUCUCCAUUGGUCCUAUACAGGAGGAUUGGUGGCCUAAUGACAGUGGCCCUGUGGCCCUCCGGAAUUUUGAAGUGCCUUCUGAAUCAUAGAUGAAAAAUUUAACGAGACACUUUUUUCUAUUUGUUCAGAAUCUGUUAUCCAUUGAGUAGUUUGAUGGAACUGAGUUAAUCAGAAGACCCCAGCUGUUCUCUGGGUAAGCCAGGCUUUGCUGUAUCUGGCAGUCAGGAGAGAGGUAAGCCCAUGGCGGAGGUCCCCUUCAAAGCUGAGCGUCCCAGUGCGAACCUGUGGUUCUUUGACUAGACCUGGGGCAGAGGCCUCCACCGCCGCCCGUGGUGUCAGUGCCCGUGCUUCCCUCCCCACCCCACCAUCGGGUGAGCAGUCCCCGGCUGGCUGCGUUAGGCAUCUGGAGCUGCGUCACCCUCACCCAGUGUUGUGCCACACUGGAGCCUGGUCCUGGCACCGUCCUCAGGACUCCUGCCCAAGGGCCCACGGCAAGACAGACUUGGGCUGUGGGGAAGUCUCCCCGGCAGCCCCGAGAGCCAUGUCAUGACCUACAGAAGCCAGGCUCCUGAGUUGGAGGGAGGUCCCUCUUCCUCUGUGCCUUGACCCCUUGGGGGAUACCUUUGGUCAUCUCUUCUGUCCCUUUCUGUCUCUGAGUGGAAUAGCCAUCGCUCCCCUUGACUCUUUUCUCUGUUCACAUGUUUGCUCUCAAUCUGCAGUUAAUUUGUGAAAGGCAUUUCAUUGGGCGUUUGAGGAAAAUGUAAUGCCCAAGCUCCUCAUUGACAAAGCACUCUGAACUUAACACCGGUAGUGUAGGAAACUGAUAAAUGAGCAGCAGCUUACAGAGUAGGGGUAGUUCUCCUUGGGUAUAACAUACCCAUUUUGCUCGUGGUUGGAAUUUAUAAUUUUGGUAAAGAUGUAAUUUACUAAAAUUUAAAAUCAUGUUCUCACAGUGAGUCAAUUGUUUUGAGGAUUAAUCUGAUUUAUAAGUAAUACUGAUAGACAUAUUUUCUUACAUCUGAGCUGAAAUAAAUGCAUGUUUCUAGCAUAUAUAAAAACUCCAGAGGAUAAGUUUACAUUUAACAAGAUGUUGUUUUCUAUUUUUGGAUUUCUUAUUAUUUUCCCCUUUUUUUGGUGGUAGGGGUUUAGGGGGAAGCAUAAUAUUUGUAUAAAGAACUGUCACCCCAGAGUGACAUUUAUUUUCCAAGGUGACAUUGAGCUCUCUGUUGGUUUCAUAUGGUGUUUGUGUGCUGUGCGCCUAGGUUCAAGGCCUGCGGAUUUGAGGAAAAUCAAAGUUGUUCUUGUGGGUUUUUUUUAUUUGGUUUUUACGUACAUUCUUUUAAAUGUCGACUAUUUUGCUAAAUUUGAGUAAAGCGAGACCCGUUGGAUAGUACCCUGGACGCCUGAUGGUGUUGCUGAGUUCUGGUUUGUUUCUUCAUGAUCUAUGAGACCCUUCAUUCAGAAGGGCGCCUGUAGAGACCGGCGGCUCUGCCUGAGCAGCUGUUGAAGCUCUUUAAGGAGGUUUACUGCUGCCGGCGCUGCUUAGCCAGACUUACCUACUGUACCUUAACCUCAGGAUCGGUGUCUGUGGCGCAGGAAGCCCUGGUCUCUCUACGUUUUUGAGUUGGAACCCUGAUAAUCCACCCGCACAACAACUACAGGAAGGGAACACGGAUCACUUCUUGUGUCUGGUUCUUCUGGUUUGGGAUCAGCAUGCUUAGUAAGGCCACGUUACUAAUCCUCAGUUCCUUCUAUAUUCUUGACAUCUGACCACCAGCAAAAGCAAGGACCCCAGAGGGCAGAGCAGUGGCGAGAGCUGAAGCGGUUCGUGGGCGUCCACUGGACGCCGGGGCCGCACCGCGAGGCUCCCUCUCCCUGCCCCACCCCACCCCCCCGCCCGCCCCGUGACUGCCACUGGAUGGCCUUGACCGUGGCCUCCCGGGCACCUGACUGCAGAGCCCCUUGCCCUGGCUCCCGUUGGCAGCGGUGCAAGUGCAGCACAUCGUCAGAGCUCAGACCCGGCAGGUCCAGGCAGGUGUGUUCCACCCUAACUUUGACCCCAAGAGGUUGAGGAGGAGGCGCGACCCCCCAAGCUGUGCUUCCUCGCAGCCGAGGUCGCGCGCUCCACAGUCUGCUCCUCUACUUAACAGAGGGUGGCCUCGGGGUCCCUCGCGCCUGCGCAGAAGCACUUGACUGCGUGGCUGGCUAGGUCUCCUGCACCGCAGCUUCCUGCCCUUUAUGGGCCUUGACUGUCACUGCCCGGACUGUGCGGACUGUGCUCGGGUUCCCUGGUUGCCUGAAGGCCUGUAAGUGCGGGCCCUUCAGAGCCACGGCAGCAGGCAGGAGGGGCGGGCCCUCCACGAGUGGGCGUGUCCUGCCAAAGGCUUCCGGUGUCUGUCCUCAUGACCGAAUGGUCUCCGGAGGGCCGGAGAGGAUGUUUGCUGGAGCUGGGGCUGGAUGGAGACCUGAUGGGAGGGGCGGGCGGCGUGCGGUUGGCACACUUCAUGCGCUCCCAUUGGAAAAACCGGAAGUGAUAGAACGUUGGCGUUAGGUCAGCAGGCAAAUCAAAAUUCCCACAGGUUGGUCACCCGGGCCCCCAGGUCUUCAGCCAGCAUUCGGGGAGUCCGCAGAGGAAGGUGGGUGUGGUGGCAUCACAUUCAUCUAAAGCGCGAUGAUUGGUUUUCCACAAAGUGGCAGGUUUGAUCAAAUUGACUGCUUUUCGUUCAAGGCACUCAGACGCCGUAAGAAACAGCCUUGGGAUGUCAUAGGGAGGGGGCCAGUCGCUGUGCUGUAUUCUGUUUGCUGCUCUAUCAGGGGGCUGCACGAUGUCUGCAUACAGUAUGGAGGGGGAAAGGGCAUCAGUACCAAACAAUAACCUUUUUUCUACAACAUCCAAAACUGGUAUGAGGCUCUGUUAUCUACAGAGGGUGAUUGGUUAAACUAUUUUCAUAGAACAAUUCUGUUUUUAUUCACUUUCUGGUAACUUCUGUAGGCCCUGGUUCAAGGACUUAGCACUGCGUCUCAUGUACAUCUUUUUCUUAAAUGCUCUUUGCCAUUUCUGGAGUUGUCCUUGGUUUUUCCUUAGCCCAUAGGUCAUAGGUGCAGAAAUAUUAAUAGUAUUUAAGGCAUCCGCAUCAAAUGGCUUUGCAUCCAGAAAAACAUUUAACAAUAACUCAGUUUGAAGCACCAAGCAUGUGUAACAUGGCUCUAUAAACUAUAAUAAACGCAUAAUAUUGUUAAGCUUU